CAACUUGUCUCUCGCAAACCCGCGACAGACACCCCCCUCACCCCCCUUUACAACACACAAGACUUAUCAACAUGCCUUACAGAGGAGGACGUGGCGGUGGCCGUGGUGGCCGUGGUGGCCGUGGUGGUGGUGACUUUGGCGGAGUGUUCGGUGACUCGAUGGGAGACCUUGGGCAGGACCUGGCGGCGGUGAAUUGGAACGAGGCGGAGCUGACGCCGUUUGAGAAGGAGUUUUAUAACGAGCAUGAUGAGGUGUCGGCCCUGACGGAUGAGGAGGCUGCGGCAUACCGGGAGAAGGAGUCGAUCAAGCUGCUGUCCAAGGACGGCCGCCCGCUCCCGCAGGAGCUGGUCCUCAAGCCGGUCAACAAGUUCUACCAGUUUAACCUCUCGGAUGGCGUCAUGCGGGCCAUCGAUCGGGCUGGCUUUGUUGAGCCGUCGGCGGUGCAGGCGCAGGCUAUGCCGUACGCGCUCUCGGGCCGCAACGUCAUCGGCAUUGCCGCCACCGGCUCGGGCAAGACCGUGGCCUUUGUCCUCCCGGCGCUUGUCCACAUCCAGGCCCAGCCGCCGCUGCAGCGUGGCGACGGACCGAUCGGCCUUGUUCUUGCGCCCACGCGCGAGCUUGCUGUGCAGAUCCAGAAGGAGUGCGCCAAGUUUGCGCGCGACGUCAACGUUCGCUCGGUGUGCAUCUACGGUGGCGCGCCCAAGGGCCCGCAGGCCGGUGCGCUCCGCCGCGGCGUCGAGGUCGUCAUCGGCACGCCCGGACGUAUCAUCGACUUUGCCACGACGCACACCCUCAAGUUUAACCGGGUCACGUACCUGGUCCUUGACGAGGCUGAUCGCAUGCUCGACAUGGGCUUUGAGCCGCAGCUGCGCUCCAUCGCCUCGCAGAUCCGGCCCGACCGCCAGACGCUCUUCUUCUCGGCGACGUGGCCGAAGGAGGUGCGCUCGCUCGCCGGUGAGUUUGUGGGCAACGACGCUAUCCGCGUCGCCGUCUCCGUCGAUCAGGUCAAGGCCAACGCCGACAUCCAGCAGAUCGUCGACGUCGUCUCGCGCAACGAGAAGUUUGACAAGUUUAUGAAGGUCAUGGAGGUGAUCAAGGGCGACUCGGCCCGCAUGCCGCGCGUCGUCGUCUUCUCGUCGACCAAGUCGAACUGCGACACGCUCGAGUACGAGCUCUCGGCCAUCGGCUUCCGCACGGCCGCCCUUCACGGCGACAAGAACCAGCGCCAGCGCGACUGGGUCCUCCGCCAGUUCAAGUCCGGCUCCAUCCCGGUCAUGGUCGCCACCGACGUUGCCGCCCGUGGCCUCGACGUCUCGGACCUCCGCUACGUCGUCCAGUACGACAUGGCUGGCUCUAUUGAGGACUUUUGCCACAGGGUAGGCCGUACCGGCCGUGCCGGCGCCAAGGGCAUCGCCUACACCUUCUUCUGCCAGUCGGAUGUCAAGCUCGCCGCUGACCUCAAGUCGGUUCUCGAGCGCUCCAACCAGGACGUCCCGCCCAAGCUGGAGACCCUCGUCCAGUCGAUGGGCCGUCGUGGUGGUGGUCGCGGUGGCCGCCGCGGCGGCCGCCGCGGUGGCUUCCGCGGCCGCCGCGGCGGCUGGCGCCGCUAA